AGUAGCAACAGGAGAGCUGCACCUGUUCCUCUUCUCUCUGUCUCUCUCUCUCUGUCACUGUCUAUCUCUCUCUCACUCCCCCUUUCGUUCGGGGGAGGGUGGUCGACCAAGGAAUGGAUCCUAAGGAAUGUGAAGGGAAUGACAGAGAGAAUGAAAAAGAGGAGAAGAAAGAGAAGGACAGGAGGAUUAAGAGAAGGCCCUUUCUCAGGUACCUGGAGAGGAGGAGAACAGACACCAUCGUGGAUGAUGACUCGAGUAAAGGGGACGUCAGCAUCAACACCCUGGUGCGCAGGAGUCAGUCCGAUAAGACCGAGUACAGUGCCAAACUCAAAGGGAAACUGGCACCCCAUGAACUCCCAUCCCCCUUACUGGAGCCUGAGGAGGUCCGUCACAGGAAGAUGGUGAAAAGGUCAAAGGUCAUAGAGGAGCUGGUGAGGACGGAGGAGGAUUACCUGAGAGACCUGGACCUGUGCAUCAGUGAAGUGCUGACACCUCUACGCAGCACACAGGUGGUAGAUGUGGAGCAUCUCUUCACCAACAUGGAGUCUGUGAGUGCUGUAUCAGCCGAACUGCUGCACAGACUGCAGGAGGCCACAGCAGAACCUGAUCCCGAAACACAGCUUAUAGGGGAGGUGUUUAUCCAGGCAAAGGGUGCGCUGGAGGAUGUGUAUAAGAUUUACUGUUACCACCAUGAUGAGGCCAGCGCUCUGUUAAAGAGCUACGACACGCAGGAGGACGCACAGCAGCACUUCAGGACCUGUAUAUCUGCACUCAAGCAGAUUUACGACCAAGAAGGGAAAUCCAACCUUCUGGACAUGGGGUCUUUACUCAUUAAACCUGUGCAGCGUGUGAUGAAAUACCCACUCCUAUUGGCUGAGCUGCAGCAGGCUACGCCCAUUGAUCACCCUGACAACCAGCCAUUACAGGAAGCACUAACAACAGCAAAGAUCAUCAACGCUAACAUCAAUGAGUUCAAAAGGAGGAAAGACAUCGUAAUGAAGUAUAAGAGGUGCGAUGAUGAAGGAACACUGAAGGGAAAACUGAACAAACUCAACAUCCACUCCAUCAGGAAGAAAUCCGACCGCAUCACCGGAUACUUCAAGAUCCUCACCGGAGUGGAACCACAGGUACGUGAUGAAGCCUUCGAUAAAGAGGAGAAACUCUUCCGUAAUCUGGAGAAAGCUGUCAGACAGCUGAUCAAGAACCUCAACAUCUAUCUGCUCCAUGCACAGGACAUGAUCAUGGUGGCGGUGCAGGAUGUGGAGGAUUUAGAGGCCAUCAUAAAGGAUCCUGAUAAAAUUGACACCAAUGGUUUUCAGAACAGGAAGAAUGGUCACGAUCCCUAUAAACACCUGGUGGAGUGGUUGGAGCGGUUGGUGCUGUCCCCUCUGUCCUCUCUACAGGCCAUGUUCUCGUCCCCUCAGAAGCUGAUCCAGAAGCGUUACGAUAAGCUGCUGGACUCGUGUUCAUCAGGCAGCGAGGAGCAGCUUCAGGCUCAGCGUGAUUACCAGGCGCUAAACGCUCAGCUUACUGUCGACCUGCAGCGCUUCAACCACGCCGCCCAGACCAUCCUCACCAACUGCCUGCUCAGUGUCAUCAAGCUGCUCAGGGAACUGGCCGAGGGGGCCAGACCACAAGUACACCAACUUCCUGCUCCUCUGUCAAACAUCAGCGAGGUGCAGAACAGCAUCAUGGAAGAGAUCAGCAACCUGACGUUCUUCAGAGAAAACUCACAGAAACUGAUGGAGAGAAAAGUCAGCUUUGAGAAACGAGAGAAGAAGAACAUGGUUGCGGAGUGUGUGCAGCCCCAGGCAGAGUGUGUGAGGUCCAGGCUGAUCUCUCAGUAUCCUUCUGAUCAUCUGUAUGAGCUGAAGAGGAAGUGUAACGCCACUCAGGAUCAGGACGUCACACUCCUGCAGGGGGAACUGGUGGCCUUACUGGAGGCCCACGAUCCGUUCGGCAGCGCCACCCGCUGGCUUGUUGACACUGGGAGCACGCAGGGCUACGUGUACUCCACCUUCCUGAAGCCGUAUAACCCUCAGCGAGAUGUUCGCAGUGAGCGCACUGAUGAUUUCGACAAUCUCAGUCUGUUUGUGUCAGGCAGCAGCAGGGGCAGUCACUCCAGCUACAGUCCGUCCACUCCAUCCAGCCAGCAGGAGGAGUCACCGAGCACAGAGGAUGAGGAACAGCAUUUCUACGCGGUGUACGCGUUCGUCGCACGCUGUGAGCAGGAGCUCAGUCUGCAGGAGUACCAGCAUGUCCGUAUCCUACAGUUCUCCGACCUUGGGGGAAACAAAGACUGGUGGCUCGCAGAGUCCAAUGGCCAGAGGGGUUACGUCCCCGCUAACUACCUCGGCAAGAUGUCCUACGCCUGAGGACAUGAUACCACACCCAGGCUAUGUUCCAAUACUACACACCCUUGCUCACUUCCCCCUUAGUGUCUCUUACUUCAUCAGCACCAAAGUGUUAAAGGAGGAAGGGAAAAAUACUGAGUUCAUCUGCUUUUCUGCUCAUGUCCAAAUGCACUCUGGUACCCUGUGUAGUGUAGAAUGUGUGGUUUGGGAUGUGUCUUGAGUGGACUGAUGCUGAUGAUGUGUGGUUUGGGACACACCCCAGUGGACUGAUGGUGUUUAAAUGGACUUUAUAGUGUCUACAUUGUGUUUGGGACACAGCCACAGUGGACUGAUAUUGGUGUUUAUAUGGACUAUAUAGGCGGCACGGUGGUGUAGUGGUUAUCACUGUCGCCUCACAGCAAGAAGGUCGGGGUUCGAGCCCCGUGGCCGGCGAGGGCCUUUCUGUGUGGAGUUUGCAUGUUCUCCCCGUGUCCGCGUGGGUUUCCUCCGGGUGCUCCGGUUUC